AAAUUGGUUUUCUUCUAUUUUUACCUUUUCACAAUAUUUUGCUUUCAUUAUGAACACUUGUCUUUCAUAUGACAGCCACAUGCGACAAACGAUAAGUCAAAAUUGCACCAAUUCGUCAAAAAAAAUACAAAGUCAAAAAAUUAUACAAGUUGAAUUUAACACAAUACGCAAAAUUGAGAUGAGUUGAGAUAUGAAACAGAAUGAAAACUUUAAAACAAUGUUCAAAACCCACAGGUAAUGAUGUUCCACGAAAUUGUGACAAUCCGGUAUUUCAUCUUUUUAACAAUAAUUUUUUCGAAAUAUUUUACUGAGGGGCUAAAAUGCGAGCUGAAAGGUUUAUUAAACAAUAGGGUUCAGUGUUUACUCCACGACAGAGGCAUAAAUGCAGCUAAUGACGUUGUAAACAUCAACGGAACUUUAACGUGGAUGACAACUCUAAUGAAAUCAGAGGCAUCUCAACCGUGGAAAUUUAGCCAGGGUCUAGACCGCAACAAAACUUUCUUCGCUGGACACAAUGUAGGAGAGUUCAAAAAGCACCUAAAUUUGAUCAUGCCAGACACUAGAUGGUGUGGCGACUUCGGCGGAUAUUUUCCAACGAGUUACGAGGAUCUCAUGCAUUUUGUCAACACGGAUCGGUGUUGUAAGCUGCAUGAUGAAUGCAUUCCCAUGUUAGGAGUAAAUCAGGAAAACUACAGCCUCUCAAACAGUGGACUAUUUGCACGAUUUCACUGUGAUUGCGAAAAAGAGUUUCACAGAUGCCUGAAGGAUAUUAACACUACAAUGUCGAAUAAAAUCGGGUACACGUAUUUUACUAUUUUGGGACCGCAAUGCUUCAAUGAAGAAUAUCCUAUAGAUAAAUGCACUAAGUGGCAGGCGAAUAGGUGCAUAGCGUUUAGACUGGAUAUGAAACAGGAUAAGAAGUACCAGUGGUUUGACGUGCCCACAUACUAAAGGCUUUUUUUACAAAUUGCGAUAUAUUCCCACCACUGUUAAUACAAACAAUUAACUAAGUGCAUAUUAAUAAGACAGCGUUUAAACUA